AUGCCUGAGAAUGCUGUAGAAUUACUUCUUAAAAUAUAUAAUGGAAUUUUGAUGCAUCAAGAACAGAUCAUAGUGACCAUAUUCAUUAUACCGACUGCAUUGUCGGCAUCUAAUGCUAAAAUAUUGGAAAAACUAAUAAAAAGGUUGUUGGAAUGGUGGGUAGAAUCUUCAUACUUAAUGCUGGAUCACAAUUUGGCUUCUGUAAGAAGCUCGACGGACAACAUUUCUGCAUUAGUCUCCUCUGUGUUAGCUGACUUUGGUGAGAGCAAAUAUACAGUAGCACUAUUUUUGGUUAUUGCAAAAGAAUGUGAUAAUAUUCACACAAGUAUACUAUUAGAUAAAUUAAUACUUUUAGGAAUUUCACCUAAAAAGAAUACUGGAUUCAAGGGCCCAUGCUUGAUGGACAACAGUAUACCACAAAGAUCGGUACUCAGCUCACUACUAUAUGCAACAUAUGCCUAUGAUAUGGGGAGGGCAAUAACUCAACCAGUUAGAAUUAUACAUUUUGCAGAUGAGAUAAGUCUUUGUGGAAAUGGCCUGAUGGUGGCACCUGAGAAAUCUUCUGUAGUCAUAUUCAUCAGGAAUGGUUAUAUACCAAGACAUUGUUUAAUACCUGCAGACAACAAAGUAAUACAAUUUAAAGCACUUAUUCGGUUCUUGGGAAUGACACUGGACAGUAAGCUUACUUGUACGUCACAUGUUAAAACCUUAAUCGAAACCAAUGAGCAAACACUUAAUAUUAUUCGAUCACUUACAACAACAUGGUGGGGAGCGCAUGCUUCAGUGCUGCUGCUCCUAUGUCACUCGUUCAUUAAAUCCAGAUUGGAUUAG